ACCAGUCUUGGCCGCCGCUAUCGCAUUGGUUCGAUUUCCGCUCCGCCUGCGCUGCUGCCUCCUCCGCCGUCGCUCCAACUGUCGCCCUUUGUCGUCGUCGCGGCGCUUUCCAAAACACUUCUCCACCGUCACCACCACUUGUUCGAUUUCUGUUCGCUGAUUCGUCUCAUCCAAGAUUCCAUCUUGACCAGUCGGAAACUGUCUGUGUCUUCGUCUGCGCAAGCAAUCUUUGCCAAGGAAAUGUCCUCCGUCGCGAUCGACCCGGCGAACGCUGAUGAGUACGCCUCGCAGUCUAAAUUGCUCCAGGAGUUCACGAACGUCCCCACCAUCGACAAGGCUUGGAUCUUUAAGUCUGGAAAUGCAAAUACCUCGCGGGCGAUGUUCAUUGUCCGGCAAGUGGAUCUUUUGACUAACAAGAAGAGGAUGAUGGUUUUGUCUUCUCAUAUCUCGAAGGCUAGUGAAGACUCUGUCGAGUUUCAAUGGUCGCCAUUUCCCGUGGAGAUGAACGGGGCGUCUGCAGUUGUCCCAUCGCCAUCAGGCUCGAAGCUUCUGGUGGUUCGUAAUAAAGAGAACGAUUCACCAACGGUGCUCGAAAUUUGGGGGCCGGCGCUAUUGGAAAAGGAAAUUCACGUUCCCCAAUCAGUUCAUGGUUCAGUAUACACCGACGGAUGGUUUGAGGGGAUUUCCUGGAACCAUGAUGAGUCAAUGAUCGCCUAUGUUGCUGAGGAACCACCUUUAGAAAAACCAGUGUUUAAUUAUUUAGGCUUCAAGAAAGAAGGUUCUUCUGAGAAAGAUUUUAAUAGCUGGAAAGGGCAAGGGGACUGGGAAGAGGGCUGGGGUGAAACAUAUUCUAAUAAAAGGAACCCUUCACUCUUCGUUGUCAGCAUCAAUAGUGGAGAAGUACGGUCUGUUAAAGGCAUUCCCAGGAGCUUAAGUGUGGGCCAAGUUGUUUGGGCUCCAUCAACUUCUAAGGCAAAUAAUUCAUUGGUUUUUGUUGGGUGGUCAAUUGAAAAUGGACCUCAAAAAACUCCAAGAAAGCUUGGAAUCAAGUAUUGUUACAAUAGGCCAUGUGCCCUAUAUGGAAUUGGUGAUCCUUUUCAGGAUCAAAGUUCCAGUGAGUCGUCAAAUGGGAAUGAAGAUGUUGUCAAUUCUGCAAUCAAUUUAACUCAAGACUUAGGUAGCGCAUUCUGUCCCCGUUUCAGUCCAAAUGGGAAGUAUUUGGUUUUUGUAUCUGCAAGGAACGCUGUUGAAAGUGGUGCUCAUAUUGCAACAGAUUCACUUCACAGAAUUGUUUGGCCUUCUGAUGGACUGCUUCAUCAUUCCCUGGAUAUCAUUGAUGUGGUCCCUGUUAUCAUGUGUCCUGAGGAUGAUUGCUUUCCUGGACUUUAUAAUUCCGAAUUUCUACCAUAUCCAUGGCUUUCUGAUGGCUCUACCAUGAUUGUUUCAUCUGUAUGGUGCAGCACCCAAGUAAUUCUUUCAGUAAAUAUUAUCAGUGGCAAAGUUUUACGUAUCAGUCCACAUGAAUCAAAUUUCUCAUGGGGUGUUCUUGCGCUACAUGGAGAUGAUAUUCUUGCUGUUUACAGCAGUCCCAUUAACCCACCACAAAUCCAGUAUGGAUGCCAUACUUCCCAGAAGGACCAAUUGAGUACAUGGACUUGGUUAGGUGUGCCUACUCCCACUUUAAGAUACUCUGAUAAGGUCAGCUCUUUGUUGUCAUCACUUAAGUUUAGUAUAUUGAAGAUUCCUGUCAGAAAUCCUUCUGCAGAACUUUCUAAAGGUGCUAAAAAACCAUUUGAGGCUAUCUUUGUGUCUCAUCCACCUUUUGCUUCUGGUGAAUCAUGCAAGCAGACUCAAGAGGAUGGCUUAUGUGCUCCAUUAAUUCUUGUCCUUCAUGGUGGACCACAUGCAGUUUCAUUGACAAACUACUCAAAGUCAUUGGCAUAUCUUUCUUCACUAGGCUAUAACUUGCUUGUGGUGAACUACAGGGGUUCACUGGGAUUUGGUGAAGAAGCAUUGCAGUCUCUCCCAGGAAGAAUUGGUUGCCAGGAUGUAGAUGACGUACUUACAGCUUUAGACUAUGUCAUUCAUAAAGGGCUUGCAAGCUCAUCUAAGGUAGCUGUUGUUGGAGGCUCGCAUGGAGGCUUCUUAACUACUCAUUUAGUGGGCCAGGCUCCAGACAGAUUUGUUGCAGCAGUUGCUCGCAACCCUGUCUGUAACUUGUCAAUAAUGGUGGGCACCACUGAUAUACCUGAUUGGUGCUAUACAGAGACCUUCGGAAAGGAAGGGAAGACUUUUUUCUCAGAAGUUCCUACGGUUGAAAAUCUUCAGAUUUUUUAUGAGAAAUCUCCUAUCUCACAUCUUCCAAAGGUCAAAACGCCAAUGCUUUUCCUCUUUGGAGCACAAGAUCUUCGUGUUCCUAUAUCAAAUGGACUUCAGUAUGCCCGUGCUCUGAGAGAGAAAGGAGUUGAAGUCAAAAUCAUUGUAUUUCCAGAGGAUGUACAUGCAAUUGACAGGCCGCAAUCUGAUUUCGAAAGCUUCCUCAACAUUGGCGUAUGGUUUAAGAAGCAUUUAGGUUGAAUUGCCGAUAUGGGAAUAAAAAAUAUGAGAAAAGGGGAAAUAAUUUAUCAUUAGCAAUCAUCUGGACUUUCACAUCCUAAAAUGUGGAUGCAAUUCUAAAGGAAAGGAAAAAAAAAUUGAUCAGGACAACCAAUUGUAAUGGCUUUUGAAUUGUAGAUUAUUAUUAUUCACUAAACUUAAGGCGUGUAACCAUGUUGUUCUCAGGAAA